AUGUGCUCCAGACAAAGCUCCGGGGGCUGCCAUGGCAUGUCCUCCCAGUCCAGUGGUUGCCACAGCCAGAGCUCCGGUUGCCACGGGAGCGGCUCCUCCGGUUACCAGUCCCAGGGCUCCUCCUGCUGCGGGGGCGGAGGGGGCUCCGGAAAAGUCAUCAUCAGCUCUGGUGGAGGAGGAGGAUCCUGCUGCAGUGGGAGCUCCUCGGGAUACGGGAUGGGAGGAGGAUACGGUGGUGGCUCUUCGGGAUCCAAGGUCAUCGUUGUAGGUGGAGGUGGUGGAGGCUCCUCCGGAUGCUGCAGUGGAGGAUCCAGCUAUGGGAUGGGAGGAGGAUACGGUGGAUCUUCAGGAUCAAAGGGAAUCAUUGGAGGAAGCAGUGGAGGCUCCUCUGGAUGCUGCAGUGGAGGAUCCAGCUAUGGGAUGGGAGGAGGAUACGGUGGAUCUUCAGGAUCAAAGGGAAUCAUUGGAGGAAGCAGUGGAGGCUCCUCUGGAUGCUGCAGUGGAGGAUCCAGCUAUGGGAUGGGAGGAGGAUACGGUGGAUCUUCAGGAUCAAAGGGAAUCAUUGGAGGAAGCAGUGGAGGCUCCUCUGGAUGCUGCAGUGGAGGAUAUGGGAUGGGUGGAGGUUAUGGUGGAUCUUCGGGAUCAAAGGGAAUCAUUGGGGGAAGCAGUGGAGGCUCCUCUGGAUGCUGCAGUGGCGGAUCCAGCUAUGGGAUGGGUGGAGGAUACGGUGGAUCUUCAGGAUCAAAGGGAAUCAUUGGAGGAAGCAGUGGAGGCUCCUCCGGAUGCUGUAGUGGAGGAUCCAGCUAUGGGAUGGGAGGAGGAUACGGUGGAUCUUCAGGAUCAAAGGGAAUCAUUGGGGGAAGCAGUGGAGGCUCCUCUGGAUGCUGCAGUGGAGGAUAUGGGAUGGGAGGAGGAUACGGUGGUGGAUCUUCGGGAUCAAAGGGAAUCAUUGGAGGAAGCAGUGGAGGCUCCUCUGGAUGCUGCAGUGGAGGAUAUGGGAUGGGAGGAGGAUACGGUGGAUCUUCGGGAUCAAAGAGCAUCAUUGUAAGUGGAGGUGGUGGUGGAGACUCCUCUGGAUGCUGCAGUGGCGGAUCCAGCUAUGGGAUGGGUGGAGGAUAUGGUGGAUCUUCGGGAUCAAAGAGCAUCGUUGUAGGUGGAGGUGGUGGAGGAUCCUCCGGAUGCUGCAGUGGAGGAUCUUCAGGAUAUGGGAUGGGAGGAGGGUAUGGUGGUGGCUCCUCAGGGACAAAGGUCAUCAUUGGAGGGGGAAGCAGUGGGGGCUCCUCUGGAUGCUGCAGUGGGGGCUCCUCCAGCUAUGGGAUGGGAGGAGGAUACAGUGGAUAUUCAGGAUCAAAGAGCAUCAUUGGAGGAAGCAGUGGAGGAUCCUCAGGAUGCUGCAGUGGAGGAUCCAGCUAUGGCAUGGGAGGAGGAUCCAGCUAUGGCAUGGGAGGAGGAUACAGCAGCGGCUCCUCAGGCCAGACCAUCAUCAUCAGCUCUGGAGGUGGCGGCGGAGGCUCCUCCCAGCAGAAAUGUCCCAUUGUUGUCCCCAUGGUGUCCCACCAGAGCAAGCAGAGCUCCUGCUGGCCCGGCCAGCAGAAGUAA